AUGUCCAGGCAUGUGAUCUGGUGCCUAUGGUUCUCAACGAAUGCUAAAUUUCCCAAUCAGACACAUAUAACGCCGGAAUUGAAAGAGAAGGCAAAGGCCACGGGUCUAGAGCAAUUAGAUUUCGACGGAUGCUCCGAGCUGUACGUCAAGAAUUGGGACGAUUUCGAACAAUUUUAUGGCAGUCCUGAGUAUGCAAACAAUACUCUGCAUCGCAAAGAUACUGCCAACUUCAUGGCCAUGCCGCUUCGGAUUGUGGUUGGUGUAGAGAAUGUUAUAUUCGGACAAGGUCUAAAUUCGCUGGGAGGAGGGGAUGGUCUUCAUAGAGACGAUUUGAAUCCAAGGGAAUUCAGUUGA